UUACUCGACCUUAGGGAGGCAUAUUGCACCACUGUGGCAAGCAAGUCGUUUUAUGAGCCUGUCCUUACCAGGAAGGGUAAGGGGAUGGCUCAAGAAUUGUAGCAGAGCGUGGUUUUGACGAGAUUAACGAAAGUUUAUGAAAGUAAACGUGGUAUCUCGGUGUUUCGACCAGCUUUGGGUCGGUUUCAUCAGGACUUGCUUGUUGAAGUGUUGAAUUUACUGUGGAUUCAUAUGUAUUUUGUGUUGUGGUGUUCUGUGUUGUCGCUAUGCCACUCCUGUGGAUUCAUCAUCUUCCGAGAGAGGAGGCUGAGAAGUUGACGUCGGAGUUGGGUGUGUCAGUCCAAGGGACCUUGGACGAUUUGCGGUAGAAGCUGAAGGACAAGUGGAGAGCACUGGAAGCUUACCUACCUCCUCAGAUGACAGAUAAGUUUGCCGGGAGUAUGGACUCUGCGGGAAACAGUAGUGUUAAGAUUCAAGGGGGCGAUGUCCAUGCGCAGAUUAGUUAUACCCAGAGUAAAUUGAGGGGUAAUAUGGUCUCUGAUUUAGUGAAGAGUAUACCCACUUUGACUGGUACUGAGCCUGAGCAAGUGUUUCGAUUUCUUGUAAGAGCUGAGGAGGUCUAUGACCUGAAAUUAGUAACAGAUGGGGAAUUUUUGGCUCUAUUAGUCGCUAGAACUACCGGUAGGGUCAUGCUAAUAAUUAGUGGACAUUUGCGUGUAUCUUCUGGCUGGGGUUUCGUUUGUUCAGAUAUUCUGUCUGCGUUUCUUCCCCCUCGCAUCCGAGAGAGUCUCUUGUCGAAGUAUGUUUUGGACUGGUUUCAAGGUGACGCAGAAGAAUUGUUUCAGUUCGUUGCGUCUGUAGUGAGUGCCGCUGGUAUCAUUGAAUACCAAGUUUCUGACCUGGCAUUGGUCCAUUUUAUAGUCCAGAAUAUUCAUCCCAGUGUGCGUCCUUGGUUGGCGUUUGAGUCUGAACCAAAAUCUGUACAGGAGCUGUAUAGUCUUGAGAGUCGUGUUGCGGAAGCUCAUGCUGUCGAGCAUCACCGGAGAAGUCCUGAGUGUGAUGUUCCAGUAGGGAAGGUUUCGCGGGACGAGCAAGGGAUGUGUCCGAUUAGAAUGCCGAGAAUGCUGCUACAGAGAGCCGAAGAAACAUUUCCUACUGUGACAGAAAGGAUGAGCUAUACAAAUUCGGAGAACGCUUUAGUGGGUCCGUAUGGUGAGACAUACCCAAGACAUCAUGAUGCAGAUCAGGCCAUGAAUGAAAAAGCGAGGCAGUCUCAGAUGCAGAAGAGGAAGAGGAUUCUGUCCCAAUAACAUUUCCAGAAAUAAAGGCUGAAC